GCCUUCCCACCAUGGGUUCUUCCAGGCUCUUCCUCUGCAUCCUGUUUCUCUCUGGGCCACUGGGUCUCGCCACUUCCCCUUCCCAGGGAUGGCUCCGCUGCUACACCUGUAGCUUUGCCAAACCUUGCUACCCUGUUCCCACUGAGUGCCAGGAUGACGAGGUCUGUGGCAUCAGCAUUGGCACCUCAGACCGGAAUGAGACCAUUGAGAGGAAAGGCUGCCUCCCAAGGGCACAGUGCCCUCUGCUGGGCCACACCACCUACUGGCUACGUUCCUACGCUCUAAGGCACCAGUGCUGUGAGCAGGACCUGUGCAACGCAGUGGCUUCGCAUCUCCCCAGCUCCUUCCUCACCGCCCUGCUGCUCCUCCUGGCCAGCUUCCUCUGGGGAGGACACCUGCUCCGCUAGCCUCCUGGGGUCCACAGCUCUCAACCCAGGUCUCCAACAUCACUGUGGCCCUGGAAACAUCUACAGAGAUGCUUUUGAGAUGUGUCCAAGAGCCUGAGACUGCAGACCUUGAGUCCACCACCUCCACAGACCCCUCCCAGGACCCGAUUCCUACAGCUGUUGUUCUGGCCCCAGUAAGCAUGCACCCAGAGCCUAGUCUCUUGAGGGACACCUGCUCUACGUCUUUUUCCCUAGGUGCCCAAGGUCCCUGGCAAGACAGCCAUUCUGAAGGAGAUGUGGGUCCCCAGCAAGGGGACAGAAGUGGCACUACGGCUGGUGGGCAAGGGGGUCUUGCUAGGAAAGGUGUAGCUUGAUAUAUGAGGCCCUCAGGAAGGGAGGGGGACCUUGUGGAACCAUAAACCACCAAUACAAGAGCUAUUAACUGGGGAUGCAGGUCAAUGGUAGAGUGCUUGAUUGCCAUGCACAAGGCCCUGGUUUCAAUCCCCAGCACGACAAAAA